GAAAAUCCUUUCAGGAGCUGAGAAAGUGAAAGCUGUGAGGUAUGAGUGUGGGACUGAAAGUUAGCGCGUUCUUACAUCCAACGCUUGCGUUAUCCUCGAGAGAUGUCUCUCUCUCUUCCUCAUCAUCUUCUCUCUAUCUUGAUCGGAAAAUUCUCCGACCAGGCUCCGGGAGACGGUGGUGUAAAUCCCGAAGAACCGAACCAAUAUUGGCUGUUGUAGAGUCAAGUCGAGUACCGGAGCUUGAUUCUUCUUCAGAACCAGUUCAAGUAUUCGAUGGAUCAACAAGGUUGUACAUAUCUUACACUUGCCCAUUUGCUCAGCGUGCGUGGAUUGCUCGCAACUACAAGGGUCUGCAAAACAAGAUAGAACUUGUACCGAUCGAUCUUAAAAACAGGCCUGCUUGGUAUAAGGAGAAAGUUUACUCGGCUAACAAGGUGCCUGCAUUAGAGCACAAUAACCGAGUAUUGGGAGAGAGCCUUGAUCUGAUUAAGUACAUUGACACUAAUUUUGAAGGGCCUUCGCUUACACCCGAUGGUUUAGAGAAGCAAGUUGUAGCUGAUGAGUUACUCUCUUACACUGACUCCUUCUCCAAGGCUGUAAGAUCCACAUUAAACGGCACUGACACUAAUGCAGCAGAUGUUGCAUUUGAUUACAUCGAGCAGGCUCUUUCCAAAUUCAAUGAAGGGCCUUUCUUUCUUGGUCAAUUUAGUUUGGUUGAUGUUGCAUAUGCUCCUUUCAUAGAGAGAUUUCGGCUUAUCUUAAGUGAUGUGAUGAACGUCGAUAUUACAUCUGGUCGGCCUAACCUUGCCCUUUGGAUUCAGGAGAUGAACAAAAUCGAAGCUUACACCGAAACCCGUCAAGAUCCACAAGAGCUUGUUGAAAGAUACAAGAGACGAGUCCAAGCAGAAGCACGUCUCUAACCAGAUGGUUCUCCGGAUAUCUCCAUUUACAAGGGUUUAGAAGGAUCAAAUGGGAAGAGAUAUUGUAACCAAAGUUUUUUAUAUAUAUAAAUUAUAUUGUAUCGGUAAAAGCAUCUACAUGACAUGCAACAAUUGUUUUCAUUUAUAUCAGAAUUCAUGAGACCAAGUCUUCGACUAGAA